CUAUCUAUCUGUCACAGAUUACAUUAUAGAAUUGUUUGUACAUUUCACUUUUGAAAGAAAUAUAAGCCCUCGACAUGAGUCUCGGGAUUUAAUCCUCAAAUUUAGACACUUGACAUCCAAGUCAGGAUUUACCCAAGGGACGUAAUUAGUAUGUUUGAAAUCUAUUGGUUGAUUUGAAUUUAAACAAAGACAUUUUUGAAAAGAGUUAGCGCCAGAGAAUUGGCGGUAGUAAGAAAGAAAAGUCAGUCGAUAAAAUAAUGUUCUUGUAGCUAGUCACGUUUCUAAGAGCUCUGUUUGAAAAGUCUUUGUAAUAUGCUCAUUGAUUUGUAAUUUGUACAUAAACUGUACUUACGUUGUAUUUAAAUAAAGUUCCAGAGUUUUGUUUUAUCAAAGAAUCGUUAAUUUGUGAGUCUAGAUCGUCAUUUUUGUUAACUAUUGAAUUCAAGUAAAAUCCCCGGCAUAACAACACAUCGUAACAUCGUGCAUGUUGUUACAUCUGGCACAAGUGUUGUCACAUUUGGCACUCUCCGACGAAUAAAAGUUCAUGGACAACUUUUAACGAAAUUUAUUCAAGAUCUAGGACCAAUUUCUAAACUCUUCAAAGGAACUUCAUUCUUAUUUAACGGAGGACAGAAUUUCUGUGUUUAACAGGUCAGUUGGUUAUCGAUAAUUCUUUUAUAAAGAUUUUCGUUAGAGUUACGUCUAACUCACGAAAUCCAUUAUUAUAUGUAAUUGGCAAAAGGAAUAAGACCAAUAUACAUAAUAACUGGCAUUAUAUAAAAGACCAGUAAAGCAAAUAACUGGCAAUAUAAAAGACCAGUAAAGCAAAUAACUGGCAUUAUAAAGAAGACCAGUAAAUCAAAUAACUGGCAUUAUAAAGAAGACCAGUAAAUCAAAUAACUGGCAUUAUAAAAAAGACCAGUAAAUCAAAUAACUGGCAAUAUAAAAGACCAGUAAAUCAAAUAACUGGCAUUAUAUAAAAGACCAGUAAAUCAAAUAACUGGCAUUAUAAAGAAGACCAGUAAAUCAAAUAACUGGCAUUAUAAAAAAAAAAAAGACCAGUAAAUCAAAUAACUGGCAUUAUAAAGACCAGUAAAUAAUCAUAUGUGCAGCACAAAGUAAACAGAAGACCAGAUUUAACCAACUGUUAAACCAGUAAAAAGUACAUCGGCUCAAUAGAUCUAUAUAUCAAUCAUACGACUCCAGUAACUACAAGUCUACUGUCAAGAAUUUAUUAGGAAAUUGAGGCUUCAAGAACUUUUUCAUUAUAUUAUUAUUAUAUCUGAGAUAAAGCCAAAAUCCAGAUAUUGAACAUUUUGCUCCAAUACAAGAAACAAAAAAAAAAAAAAAAAAAUUAAAUAUGGCUUCCAGUGCUAGAACACAACGAUUCUUCGAAUUAAUAGAAUUAGCCAAAGAAAAGCAUAUCCCAAAACCAGACCAGUGGCAGUGGGCAGAGAAACAAGAAGAAAAAGAAUACCAAGAGCAAGAAUCUGAAAAACGCAUGCAAUUAGAAGAAAAAAAAUUGCAAGACGCCGAAAAACAAAGGCAAGACGCCGAAAAACAAAGGCAAGAAUCUGAAAAACAAAGGCAAGAAUCUGAAAAACGCAUGCAAUUAGAAGAAAAAAAAUUACAAGACGCCGAAAAGCAAAGACAACAUGAAAAAGAAAAAAUGGAAUUCGAAAGGCAAAUUAAAGAAAAUAAAGAAAGCAUUCCAAUUCAAGGUCACUCAAAUAUGUUUGACAAAUACAGAUUAAUGAACAAAAUAUCGGCUUUCAACGAAAACAUUGACAAUAUGGACUCGUAUCUCAUAAGAUUUGAAGAAAUAGCUACAACAUCCGGUCUACCUGAAGCACAUUGGUCGAGCUCACUCCUCACCCUUUUGACUGGCAAAGCUGUCAACAUUUGCUCACAACUGUCCAUAAAUGAACGCAGCACUUACUCUGAUAUCAAGGAAGCUCUACUGCGCCAAUACGGAGCAACUUCAGCCAACUAUAGAAAGAAAUUCUAUCAUGAAAGGCCACAGCAAAAUGAUGAUCCUCAAAUUUUUGUAGCUAAUAUGUCAAUGUGGUUUGAUAGAUGGGUAUCCAUGGCAAAAAUAGAAGAAAGUUACCAAGCUCUUCGUCAACAUAUUAUUAUCGACAACAUCACCCAUGCUCACUCAGAAGAUAUUCAAUCCUACAUUAUAGAGAGAAAUCCUACUGAUAUACAGACAUUAACCAAGAUCAUCAGACAAUAUAGAGCAGCCUAUCCAAACAAAUCAGUCAAACCAUCUGUUGAAGAAAAUUUUGUCUGCUUUGCUCAAGACAAAAAUGCAAGAUAUAAGUCAGAUGACAAAGUCAAAUGCAACAAAUGUCAUAAACUAGGGCAUUUCACGUCUCAAUGCCGCAGCAGAACCACAGAAUGUUCAUUUUGCCAUAAAAAGGGUCACCAAAAUCAUGAAUGUUGGAAAAAACAGGCAGUCUCCAAAAAUCAAAAUUUUGAUAGACCCACAUCACCAACUCAAAGAUACAGCAAUAGAGAGCAAUACAAUCUCAACAAAGCACCUGGAAACAAUAAACCAGAUAACAACAAACCUCGCUACAGAAGUCAUUCACAGGACUCCAGACCACAAUAUAUGCCAAACAGAAGCUCAUAUAACAGAAGCUAUUACAAUGAGCACUCAACUAUGACAGUCAUUGCAAAGUCCAAUGGUCUCAAAUUUUAUCCAGGCUUUGUAGGAGACAAGAAGGUGGAAGUUCUUCGUGACACCGGAAGCACGUCCACAUUAGUACAUGAACGCUUCGUACACGCAAACCGUUUCACAGGCAACCACGUCCAAGUCACUGCAUUCAACGGAACUGUCAGCAAGUUACCUGAAGCCAUCAUUUAUGUUACUACACCAUUCUUCAGUGGUCAAACAAAAGCAUUAGUAACACCCAAUCUACCAGUGGACCUAAUCAUUGGAAACAUAGAAGGAGUUAAAGAAUGCACUCCUCAAGAACUUGCUGAAUGUACAAAUGCCAUACAGCAAGGUCAAAAAUGUUUGGCAGUAAUGACAAGAUCCAUGUCCAGACAAGAACAUUUGGCACCUGAACAAGUUAGCCAAAAUAAUCACAUGGCUACCUCAGUUACUCAAGUUAUGCAGAAUGCAACACAACCAGUUACUAGUCCAGUAGCCAGCAAUAAUCAAGAACAUUCAACAUGGACACCCCCAGUUACAUCAAGCCCAUCCCUACCGGUCAUAAGUCCACCUCCAAUUCCCGAAUGUCCAUUGUUGAACUUUGAAGAACAAGACGACAUGCCCAGAGUCUCUAACAAUGAUACAAGAACUUUAACUGGCCAAACUGAAGUCAAUCAAGACAAGUCUCAUGAACCAGAAGCAGAUACUUAUAUUCAAUCAACUUUGGCUAUACCAGACAAAAGAAAAACUAUGCAACUUGACUCUAACACUCAUACAAGUAUUCCUCAUUUGAAAGAAUGUGAGUCAACUCAAGAAGCCAUUACAACCAUGAACAUUGGAAGUCAAAGAAUAUUACAUGAACACAUGAAAUCAAGAUAUUUUGCUCAAGGAGAUCAAGUCAAUUUACUGUUACCAGAUUGGAGUAACAAGCUGUUCUACAAAUGGCAAGGUCCAUUUACCAUCACCAGAAAGAUUUCCAACCUGCUUUAUGAAAUCAAUGUCAACAAGUUUACCAGAGUAUUUCAUGUUCAUAUGUUUGAACAUUACCAUGAAACAGAUAAUGAAGACAUCAAAGCAGAAGUUGAACAUUUUACAAGCUUAGCAACUAUUCCUGAGGAAGAAGAAACAUCAUCAACACCCAUUCCUGAGAUAGAUGUUUCAUUACCGACAUCAAAUUACAUUGACAUUCCCAAGGUCAUCACUCUGGAUGACAUAGCACUACAGAAAGUGAAGGACACUAAAGUGUUUCCAGACCAUGCAGAUUUCUUUACCGGUGUUUCUGAAACAUUCCCAGUACUGCAAUUUGAAAACAACUCAGAGAGCAACAACAUUGACAACACCAAGUUUCAUCCUCCUUCUACUCAAGGGGCAACUUUUCUUCAGAAAGGAACAAAUGAACUUCUUCAACAUUACUGUAUUGACCGAUUGAACUCAGACAUGUUCAGUCAUUGCUCUAUUGAACAUUCUAAUGCAAAGCAUUCUGCUACCAUUGUUCUACAGCGUCAAAGUUCAUCAACCAGAAAAUUGAGUUUUGGUUUCGGACAGUUCUUAUUUUCACCAAACUCAAACGCGGUUCAAUCAGACAUUAUCUGUGAGUUCAAUAUGACAUGGAGACAACAGCUUCAUAAACUGAAAGACAUUUUCUUCAAGUUUAGAAAACGCGUACACACAUCCAUGACGGCAACUCAGAAGGGUUAUGAACUUCACACUUACAUUUUAUAUAUGUACUAUACCAUAUUUAGUGUCACUUGAUCCAUUAUCAUUCAUACUCGUCAAGGAAGAACAUUAUCCAGUUAUAUUUAAUUAAUAAAUUAAUUUGUUUACUCACUUUUUCCACAGGAGUUCUAUAUCAGAUAUUGUAUUGAUUUCAGCACCAAGCAACCCACUGAGGAAGGUCACUCAUUCAAGAUACUUUUUUAAUUAUGUUUCAGCAUCUUUGCAUAUGACAUGCAUCAGACAUUUUAAUUUUUAAAUCAUGAGUAUUUUAUUUCAGGUAUAUUAUUAUUGCAUAUAUCCUAUUAUGAUAGUACAGAUACAUGACAGACAAUUGGAAUUUUUCAUUGCUUCACACAUGUUGAGAUUUAUAUCACAUUGAGUAUUAUUAUUCAGAAGAUUGUCAUGUACUAUCACAAUUAUUUUUUCUAUGUCAAUUUUUCAUAUGCAAUAUAUUUUUUUCCAUGUACACAAUUUCACAAAUGAGUUAUAAUGUCAUAUUUUAAUUUCAUCAUGAAGCUUCAUAACUUAUUCAAUUCAAUAUUUAAUUUAUCCAAGUAUUAUUCUUUGUACAACUUUUGAUAUUAUUCAUGACAAGCAUUGUCUCAUUUUCAUAACCACUUGUAUAGUGAAACAGGUGUUCAAAGUCAUCUAUAAUUUUAUUCACUGCAUUUACAUUUUUUUAUUAUUGUUGUCAUCUCCAAGUUGACUUUAUUUUGUCAUAUGUUACCUCAACCAUUUUUCUAUAAUUUCAUGUAUGGUAUUUUGUGUAUAUUUAAAUUUUAAUACAUAUGAGCAUUUCUAUUACCAUACAAAUGCUAAAUGGAGAGGGGGGUAAUAUGUCACAGAUUACAUUAUAGAAUUGUUUGUACAUUUCACUUUUGAAAGAAAUAUAAGCCCUCGACAUGAGUCUCGGGAUUUAAUCCUCAAAUUUAGACACUUGACAUCCAAGUCAGGAUUUACCCAAGGGACGUAAUUAGUAUGUUUGAAAUCUAUUGGUUGAUUUGAAUUUAAACAAAGACAUUUUUGAAAAGAGUUAGCGCCAGAGAAUUGGCGGUAGUAAGAAAGAAAAGUCAGUCGAUAAAAUAAUGUUCUUGUAGCUAGUCACGUUUCUAAGAGCUCUGUUUGAAAAGUCUUUGUAAUAUGCUCAUUGAUUUGUAAUUUGUACAUAAACUGUACUUACGUUGUAUUUAAAUAAAGUUCCAGAGUUUUGUUUUAUCAAAGAAUCGUUAAUUUGUGAGUCUAGAUCGUCAUUUUUGUUAACUAUUGAAUUCAAGUAAAAUCCCCGGCAUAACAACACAUCGUAACAUCGUGCAUGUUGUUACAUCUGGCACAAGUGUU